CUGAUUUUCAUCAGAACGACGACGGAGAUCGCUCAGUCGUUGUCGAUUCGUAGCUGGGUGAGAUUCGAAAAAAAAUCAGUGUCCAACCUUCCAAACCCGGAAGAAAGGUGUCAUAACCCUUUUUUUAUUGACUGUGUAGGAGUGAUUCAAAUCAGUUCACUUUGGUUCCGUCGCAUGGCGACUGCAUUGGAAGGCAAAAGGGAAUCCACAUGGCCUGCUAGGUUGUAGUUGAAAUACACCGGUGCACGGCAGCGUGUCACGAGCGGCUCGUAUACCUUUAGAGCAGCCAUCUUUGUGCGACGAUCGCGUGUGAAGAGUGGUGAAAACUGUGAUAAUCUUACAACGUAGCACGGUGAAGAAUUUCACAAAUUGCUGUGUUGUCGGCGAAAUUUGCAGCAAAACAUUCGGAAACGUACGAGAGAAUACAUUCGAAUAAAGACACCGCGGAUCGCAUUGUGCGAAGGUGGAUGCUUUAGCUCGCGAACCUAUCCGCUGGUUGAAAAGCAAAACCGUAUGAAUCAGAUGAACGAAAUUUCAGUCACAUUUACUUCGAUUACUUAGAACGGGAAAGGUGAAGUAAUUCCUGCGAUCAGCAAAGGGAACAUCUACUAGAACAUCGGUAAGCAGCCAGCCAGUCAGCAGCGCAAAGAUCAACUUCACUUACGCCAUUUUGGCUAAAAAUAGUGAAUGGAUAUUUUUAGUUCAACAACACUCACGCGAGAACAAGGUGUGCAGAGAGCCGAUCGCAGAUCAUUUCGGGUAUCAAAUUUACGCCAGCGAAAAAUUUUUGUUUGAAAGUACCCGUCCCGAACUGAAAGCCGCCGCCAUCGUAUAGUGUGUAAGAUAUACCUUCUCUAAAAUAAAACAAAUUGAAAAUCACUGUGCGAGAGGAUUCGAACCGACCAGACCCGACUAGAAGUGCCUGCUCAUGUAAAUACCAGCGGAGUGGAAAACAAACCAAAAGGAAAAACAACGGUGGAAAAUUGUGUCGCGUUGAUGAAAUGUAACGAAAAUAAACUACAUCAUCGCACAAAUCUCGGAGUCUAGCCUGCCUGGUGUAUAGUCGUUGUUGCGUCGGGAGUUAUCCGGAAGAGACAGUUUGAGAGUGUGCCACAUAGAACGACUUUUCCCUGAACAAACGACAACAGUUUUUGUUUGAGUGUGUCAAAUCGUGAAUGUGUCGUGCGAACUGCGGAAUUUCCAAAACGUGGCGCGGCGCAGAAGAACAGUGUGAUCGCGCAGUUGAACGAUUGCUGGACUUCGUGAGUGAUCAUGGGCCUAGAAGGUGUUCAAACGCGGCAGAAUGGUGUCAACGGACUGUAUUCAUCGUCCCUGCAGUGGUACUACAUGCCGAAUGUGGACCAUUCGAGUGAUUCCAUACAGCCAAACUCGAAACUGUUACAAACCCUAUGGAGCCCUUUUCCCACAUCACAAAGCUAUUCCAACGGAACCACGGAUUCUCUUUCACCACUGACCGAGAGCAUCAACGACCUCUGCGACCAAUUCACCGAUCUAACCCUUUUUGGCCUCGGUCAAAACCAAAACCUCUCAUCCGCUCAUCAACUGGGUAGCCCAACAGGCGGAAAUACUGGCUGCUAUUCAAACGGUUUGGAUUGCCUCUCCGGCUAUGAAUGUCGAGAUGGACUUCGAACGGGAGCCGAUUGCACCCUCGAGGGAAAUCGUUUGAAUGGUUUGCUUCGAAAUGGCAGCGCGGGAUAUUCGGAUGGCUGUGGAUCGAUGGGCCAUCAGCAUCACCAUUUACAGCAACACCACCAUCAGCAGCAAUCGAUGCUUCCGAUGAACGGGCAGCAGCAUCAAAAGUACAGCAAAAUUCCACCGGCCAACUAUCUAUGUCAUUUGUGCUUUAAAAAGGGCCACUACAUAAGAGAUUGUCCUCAGGCUCGCCCAAAGGCCGAGGGCAAGACACCGUACCAAGGCAAGAAGCGCUGCUUCGGGGAGUACAAGUGCCCAAAGUGCAAACGGAAGUGGAUGUCCGGCAACUCGUGGGCAAAUCACGGUCAGGAAUGCAUCAAGUGCCACAUCAACGUCUAUCCGCACAAGCAGAACUCCCAUUCUUUGCAGCGACCGCUCGAGAAACCAGACGGCCUGGAUGUGUCCGACCAGUCCAAGGUGCAUCCGCAGUUGCUCUGUGAAAAGUGCAAAACUCUCGGCUAUUACUGUCGAAGAAUUCAGUAGCAGCGGAAGGCUAGUCUUCAUUGAACUUUGCUUUGGUGUGAACGACAGGGUUGAUCAGUCAUUUGCCCGAUAUGCCCGAUUUUCGAAAGUGCCUGUGUUGUGUUACCCUCAGUCCAGUUUUAAGUAUCAUUCUCAUAUCUUACAAAAAGUCAUUUAAACGAACCCGAUUUAUAUUUGUUUGUAAACGUUUGUUUUCGCCACAAUUUAUAAGCGAAAAUAUGUGCCUUAUGUUUUUGUUAAUGUAACGAUCGAAUAUAUCUGAAACUAAAAAAACGCUCAGCUGCCAGUUGAAAGAAACUAAUUUGUAUAUAAUAAUGUUCUAUCAUAUUUAAAUUGUCGUACCGAUUCGGUAAUUUUCGUUGAAGCAUUAUAUAAAUACCUGCAUAUUGGUAGAAGGUGAUUUUAUAGCAAUACUGAGCGAACCGAGAUUCAAGAGCCAAAAAUUGUUACCGUACUAAAAUAUUGUAACUAUGAUACCAAAUGUGCCAAAAAGCCUAAACUGCGAACCAAAUAAAUAACGAAUGUUUUUAUCCGAA